AUGGCGUCUGUGUACGACGAGGUGGAGAUCGAGGACAUGGAGUUCGACGCCGAGGAGCAGGUGUACUACUAUCCGUGUCCAUGCGGCGACCGCUUCUCCAUCGAUCUGGAGGAGCUAUACGAUGGCGAGGACAUCGCGACGUGCCCGAGCUGCUCGCUGACCAUCCGUGUGAUUUUCGACGAGGAAAACCUGCCAGAGCUCGCAGAGGAGGAGGAAUGA